AUGACAAUUAAAGAAGUUGAAAAUGAUUUUAAACCUAAACAAUUAAAUUUACUUGGCCAUGAGACCACUUAUAAACAAGAAAGAGCUCAAUGUGAGGAUGAAAAUGAAGAUAAUGAAUUAUCAGAAGUGGAAGGGAAUUUAAAUAAUGAGAUUAGGGAAGGUGAUGAAGAAAGUGAUAAUGGAUCAAAUGAGUCAGAUACCAUAAUUGAAUUAUAUGAGUUAGAUGGAUAUGAAAAUGAUUAA